CAAGCAGAGCAACUCCCCUGGCUACCGCAGGAGGCUAAGGCACUUGGCAGGGAUGGGGCUGCUUCUCUGUCUCCCAGGCCUCCUGGCUUCCCUGGUCUGGCUCCAGGCUCCAGCACCUGUCACAAGUGCACAGACCACCAAAACUUCAACUAUCUCUGAUGCUGUGAGUCAGGUCAAGGUCCAGGUCAACAAGGCCUUCCUGGAUUCCCGAACCAGGCUGAAGACUGCCAUGACCUUGGAGACUCCCACCACGAGACAGCUAUCGGAGUACCUCAAGCAUGCCAAAGGCCGAUCACGCACAGCCAUCCGCAUGGGCCAGGUGUGGGAAGACUCCUUAAAGAGACUGAGGCCACAAAGCCCCUUGACCAAUGUCACAGGCUCCAGCCUGGACUUGACUUCGCUCUCUGCGGAGGUGGGCUGUGACGCCCCCACCCCUGUGGUGAGCUGUGACAUGAACAGCCCUUACCGCACCAUUUCAGGAGACUGUAACAACAGGAGGAACCCGGCGUUGGGAGCAGCCAAUAGGGCGCUGGCUCGCUGGCUGCCGGCCGAAUACGAGGACGGGCUCUCCCUCCCCUUCGGGUGGACUCCGGAGAAGACACGGAACGGCUUCCCGGUCCCGCUGGCUCGUGAAGUAUCCAACAAGAUCAUCAGCUAUCUGAGUGAGGAGGGUGUUCUGGACCAAAACAGGUCCCUGCUCUUCAUGCAGUGGGGUCAAAUUGUGGAUCAUGACCUAGACUUUGCCCCCGACACUGAGAUGGGGAGUAGCAAUUUCUCCAAAGCCCAGUGUGAUGAGUACUGUAUCCAAGGAGACAACUGCUACCCCAUCAUGUUCCCACCCGCUGACCCCAAGGUGAAGACUCAAGGAAAGUGCAUGCCUUUCUUCCGAGCAGGGUUUGUUUGCCCCACUCCACCCUACCAUUCUGUGGCCCGACAGCAAAUCAAUGCCCUGACCUCCUUCCUGGAUGCCAGCUUGGUGUACGGCCCCGAGCAAAGCCUGGCCAGCCGCCUGCGCAACCUCAGUAGCCCCUUGGGUCUCAUGGCCGUCAACCAGGAGGUCUCAGAUGAUGGGCUGCCUUACCUGCCCUUUGUCACCACGCGGCCAAGCCCCUGUGAGUUCAUCAACACCACGGCCGGUGUGCCCUGCUUCCUGGCUGGAGAUUCCCGGGCCUCUGAACAGAUCCUGUUGGCCACUUCCCACACGCUCCUUCUUCGGGAGCACAACCGGUUGGCCCAAGCACUGAAGAGACUCAACCCUCAGUGGGAUGGAGAGAGGCUCUUUCAGGAAGCCCGGAAAAUCCUCGGUGCCUUCAUGCAGAUCAUCACCUUCAGGGACUACUUGCCCAUCGUGCUAGGUGGCGAGAUGCAGAAGUGGAUCCCCCCAUACCAAGGCUACAACGAAUCUGUAGACCCCCGAAUUUCCAAUGUCUUUACUUUUGCUUUCCGCUUUGGCCACUUGGAAGUCCCUUCUACUAUAUUUCGCCUUGAUGAGAAUUAUCAGCCAUGGGGUCCAGAACCAGAGCUGCCCCUGCACUCCCUCUUCUUCAACACCUGGAGGAUGGUCCAAGACGGUGGAAUAGACCCUCUGGUGCGGGGCCUGUUAGCCAAGAAGGCCAAGUUCAUGAAUCAGAAUAAAAUGAUGACAGGAGAGCUGCGCAACAAGCUCUUCCAGCCAACUCACACCAUCCAUGGCUUUGACCUGGCUUCCAUCAACAUACAGCGAGGCCGGGACCACGGGCAGCCUGGGUACAACUCCUGGAGAGGCUUUUGUGGCCUCUCGCAGCCUCAGACCCUAGAAGAUCUGAGUGCUGUGCUGAAGAACGAGAUGCUCGCCAAGAAGUUACUAGAUCUCUACGGGACCCCUGACAACAUUGACAUCUGGGUGGGCACCGUUGCUGAGCCCCUGGUGGAAAGGGGCCGGGUGGGGCCUCUCCUGGCCUGCCUCCUGGGCCACCAGUUCCAGCGGAUCCGCGAUGGAGACAGAUUCUGGUGGGAAAACCCAGGAGUCUUCACGGAGAAGCAGCAGGACUCUCUGAGGAAAAUGUCCUUCUCACGCCUUGUCUGUGACAACACCCGCAUCACCAAGGUCCCACUGAACCCGUUCCAGGUCAACCACUACCCCCAAGGCUUUGUGAACUGCUCUGCUGUGGAGGAGCUGGACCUCUCACCCUGGGCCUCAGUGGAAAGUUAGAGGCCUGGACUCACGGCCUCCCACGUUGCAGAGAAAAACUCCUUGUGGUCUGCAGUGGCAUUUCACACGAGUUCAAUGACCCAGUUCCUCGGAGCUGCACACCCCAGGCCCAGCCUUCCUCUCGGUCUCUCCUGCACGCACCAGAUGAAUGGCUUGCUCAGGCCACCUGGACCUUGACUUCUGCUUCCACCCCAACCUUUUGGUCCAUGAAAAUCCUCCCUUCAGUCAAGAUUUAGACCUUCUGAGAUUCCCUUCUGGUCCCAAUUGCCAGAUAUCUCCCUUCCUCUCCCCUAAACAAGACUGGCUGAGGCGCUGGCCUUUGAGCUUUAUCUUUGCUCCUGUUCUCCCCAGCUAGAUUGUGAGCUUCUGCGUAUGGCCAUGGCACUCCGCGUGGUGCUUCACACUCAGCGCUCAGUAAACAUUGAUG